UGGGUGGUCUAACAUGAUUGGCUGAAUUACAGCUUACACGUGAACAUGCUCUGACAACAUCAGUUGAUAUCGUUGUAGCGGGACUAUACGUUUGGGGAUAUUUGUUUGAGUUGGUAGCACGGUUUCUCUCGGCUUGGCUUUACUGGUUGCACAGACUUCAAGUAACAACCAGGCUCUAACCAGUCACUGUGGAUACAAAAGCCAGAUAUUAUAUGUUUCAUUAACAUUGUAACAUGCUUGGAACUGAUGUGCACCUACUGCCAAACACAGGGAUGCAAGUUGAUUACACUACCUACAUACUUUCUUCCAGUCCACCUGGAACAGGACUGGAGUUUCUUAACAGCAACAUUUUCUGUGAACCGCUUUCCAGUGCUGAACGAAGCUUUUGUGCCCAUGCACCUCUUUAUAUUGAACAAUGUAUGAGCCGGAAGGCUUCAGGUGAUUUAAAACCAAUUAUCAUCCCAGACAGCCCACAGUCCAGUUCAGAACCAACCAGUUCAGAACCAACCAGCCCAGUAAAUCGUUCACCUCUACGGCCCCUGUCACCAGGGAAACAAAAGAAAAGAGUAUCUUUUGCAGACUGUUUUGGCUUUGCUUUGGCCACUAUUCGUGUUAUGACUGAACCUUCGGAUGUUCCUCCCCUAGUUCGUCCAGAGAUACUUUCCAGCCUUACAAAAGGAUCAUCAGCUUCAGUUACGAGCAUACCUCCAUUAAAGUUGUGCUUCACACAACCUGCAGCUGACUACGUUGCUUUCAGAGACCGUGUUGAAAAGAACUUUGUUUCUCUGGAGAAUGUAAUUCUCAAAGACUAUCAAGUUACUGGUACAGUAAAAGUAAAAAAUGUUGCAUUCGAGAAACAUGUAUACAUUAAAUGUACUUUCGAUUCUUGGAGCUCAUCAGGAGAUGUUGACGCUACCUACCUAAACACAAACGGUUGCAGUCGUUUCGACACGUUCACAUUUGAGAUGAAUGUACCAACAGACUUUGAUAUCAGAAAGCAGAUCCUCUUUGCUGUUGCUUACCGGACUGAUAACAAAGAGUACUGGGACAAUAAUUAUGGUAAUGACUACCUCAUUGUCUCAUCGUAUGCAAAUGAAAAUCCCAAACCAUCCAUUGAUUUUAAGUGUUCUGACAUUGAUACAACAUUUGCUAGUUGGAAUAGUAUGGACACAACAGUCCCCUAUUGGUGAAGCUUCGUAAGUUUCAUUAACUCCCCCAUACCGUCCAUCUGAUAGACUUGGUGGAAUAUGGUGUUUCAACAUACUCAGUUACUCACAAAAUCUGCCUGUUCUAAAGAGAGGGUAUAGAUUAUUGGAUGACAGUUGUAUUGGCAGAUGAACACACAAUGCUAAACAAAAUUGUUUUACUUUUUUUUUUCAUUCUAACCAGAGCUAAGCUGUGUCCAUGUGAGUUUAAAAGCACGUUCCAGCCAAUUAAUGAUGGAGCUAUGUAAUAUUUAUUGCUUGUGUGAUCUUAGUUGGGCUAGAUGGCUAUUAACUCUUUGACACAUUUGGGGUUGAUAUGGGACGGUUGUGCCCACUAAUCCUACCAAACAACAAAACCAGGUGCAUUCUUUCUACACUAGUGAAAGAUAUUUUCAUUUGACAAUACAAUAAGAAAAGAAAAAAAACGAAUAUACUUAUGGCAGU